AUGGCCAUGGCUGCACAUGUCGAAGGACAGAUUCUUCCCGCCCUCCCUGUUCACGCUCUGGCUCCUCUACCCAUUCAUCCGGCCGCUGCCAUGUCUUCUUCGGAGUCCUUUGAACCUGGUCCUCCCAGGGACCUGGUGCGCUCAGCCAGCUUCACUUACUUGCCUGCGUUGGAAACAGAGCAUUCUGAUUCUUCUACGAUCAAACGUACCUUCUCUGAACACAUCAUUUCCCUUCCCUCUGAUCCUAAAGUCAAGGUUAAUGAAAGCACACAUUCGGCGAACUUGGAACUGUUCCGCCGGGUUUCCAGAAAAGCAAAGAGGAAAAUGUUGGCCAGUGCUCGCUUCUCCUUGUCGCCGGAUGAUGAUGAGCCCCAGCUGCGUGAGCCGAGUACCACGAACGCCGAUAAGGAUGGACAACCAAGAAGUCUCAGCCGCUCUGUUGCAGGGACGCUUCGGACCAUCGCCCGAAAGUCAUGGGCUGCGUCAUCGAGAUCUUCAUCUCCUGCCCGCCAAGGAGAUAGGACUCCAGAGAGAAAGCGAAGUUGGUCACCCAGCAAGCGGAAACUUAUCAUCGCUGCAAACUCGGUCGCAAUCCCGGAACCAGCGGCGUCAAGUCCUCCCCUGCGGACGUCCCCUGAUGAGAGCGAAUCCUUGCUCGAGAAUGCCAUACAAACUCCAACCGGUGAUAGACGCGCUCCAACCCCUACACCCGUGCAGAGACCACUGUCCGUCAUACAAACUAGGAAUAAGAGCGACCUGAAUCUCAAACGGAUGUCGAGAAACUCUUCAGCAACUUCUCUGAGGAGUUUUAUGUCGAACGAAAGAUCUCAAUCGAGGCUGUCGCUUAACAAAGUCCCCCCUCUGCCGUCUUCCCUUUCCUCCGAUCGCCUAGCGGCUCUCAGCGCCGAAGCACCACGGAGGAAAGACCCUCUAUGGACUGCCUUUAGGACCCUCGACGGGGAGUACAGCGGUUUCCAAGCAAAGACGAGCCUUCAGAAAGCUAAAGUGCUUCGAUUGACUCUGAUCCCGUUUCUUGUCAAGUACGAACACAAUCCGUCUCAUAAAUCUCUUCGAGCCGAGGAUCUAGAUCGACGAGUAGUCAUUCUGAACAAGUGGUGGACCGGAUUAUUGGAGAUGCUUCAUGGAGCGAAUAACCAGUCAAUUUCUGGCACGGACAGGCCUGCAUUUUUGGAAUCCGCUACCAGGAUCAUGGUUCGGCCGGAAUGGAGGAUACCGGGCUUCGCUUCAAUCCCAGGCGAAAGCCCGCAGCGCCAUUCGAUCCCCAAGUCCAAGUCGACGAAUUCUCUCGAAUCGGAAGAGGCAGACUUCCUGGUCGAUUCGGUUCACCAGAAUGUGCGUAACAUCUUCGUCCAGAACUUACUCUCUCAAAUGGAGUUUGUGACCGGCAUUUUGUCGUUACGUACUGCUCCUCAAAGCCUGGUUACGUUUGCGGGAAAAGCGUGUGCCUAUGCCUUCUUCUUUUGCCCUGGCGUGGCAGACAUGCUGGUUAGGUUGUGGUGCCUCCCCUCGAGCGCUUUACGACGGCUGUUCAGGCAAUUCGGUGUCGAAAAUGGAGAGAAGCUUGAUUUGAUCUCGAAUGCCCUAGCAAGGAAUUUCCCGCCGCCAGUCCGCAGCCUUUGUGUUGGAUCCCAAGCAUCCUUUUCGCGCCGGCUUCAGCAACGAGGUCCGACUCCGCCCGGUUCUGAAAGGAUUAAUUGGUUUCAACCUUGGGUCACGAGAUGGUCUGGCCACAACAGCGAUUUGUUCUUUGUCUUCACCAAGCAAUAUCACCUUCUAGUCUCUGAGUUUCUAACUGAAGAGAUCCCAUUGAAGGACCGCGCGAGUAUUCCUGGCCUAGUCCCGGUGUGCGCGCAAAUGUUGGUUAUUUUGGAGACGACGAUCUAUCGGCAAGCUGGUCAGUUUGGAAUCGAAAGCUAUGCACCUGGUACUGGAUCUCAUAUGGACAACCCGGAUGCACUGGCUCCGAUGCCCAUGACAAUUGCGAAUGCAACUCGUUCGAUUGCUGAAAACCGAUUGAUUAUGUUGCUGAGAGAUGUCAUGGGAGACCUCGAUCCUGAACACUCGCUUUUACGAAACCUGUUCUUGACGUCCUUCGACAGUGUCACCAAGGCUGCGACUGUCAAAAUUUCGCUGUACAAUAACGACGCAUGUUUUGUGAUUUGUGAUUUCAUGGAAGAAGUUCUUCCCAUCAUGUUCCGUUACCACCAGACAUACAUCGAUACCCCAGUGCUCGACUGGCCUUUCUGGCUAGACGUCUGCAAGCAGAUGUUGCAGAGUUUAACCACUCUAACCCAGAUACGAUCGAUCGCAUUCUUGUAUAGUACUUGGUCCAUUCUAAUACAUAAUGAAGGACGAAAGCGUCAAUUGGUCCUGGAGUGGCUAUUGGAUGGGAACAUAUUCGAAAAGCUCUUUUGUCACUGGUCGCCCAUGGUUCGGCAUUACUUCUACCGCCUGUUGUGCUGGAGGGUGGCGCGAUACGAUGGGCAGGUGUCAGACCUGGACUUGGAAAUCUUGGAGACGUUGGCAGCUAGGUUAAAUAAAUGCUGGGCGAAUUACCAAUACCUGAUUGCGGAAGCUGAAAUGCGAGGGGUUAUACCACCGUCAUCAGCCCCUUGUUCACCUGCACCUAGCCGUGUCCUCGUCAUCAUCCGCACGGACAGUCAACCGAUCAUGACACCCUCAAAGACACAUUUCGAGAGGUAUCUGCCGGCCUCGAUCGUCACUCAGAGUUCGCCCUAUCAAAACCACUCUUCCGUUCUCAGCACAAUCCCAGCGGCGGAUUCACCUGCUCAAGGAAACAGGAAACGGUGGAGUUUGUUCCGUGGCCUGAAUGUAUUUGGCAGCCCCGGAAACAAUCGGCCAGGAGAGGUCACACCGCCGGGAAGCCCUGACGAUAGCGGCGUCUCGACUUCUGGUGAUGGUCCGGGCCCGAACAGUGCCAUUACUGCACAAAAGAGACCGACUACUCCUCCACACCAGGCAUUCUCAUUCAAGUUCUCCCUGGAAUUCUUGCAAGGCCGAACGAAUUUAGAGAACAAGAACCGGAUGCUGGGAGCACCCCAACUUCCGCCUAACGCGCAAAGCAUCCUCAUGGCGCGACGGAGCUCGGAGAGCGGGGGCAGUAGUAGUAGUGGCAACAGCAGUGAUGGCGGCAGCAGCAGCAGCAGCAGAAGCGGAGGAAGCGCGGGAAGCGCAAACAGUAACGACACUCGAGCUCGAGGCAGAGUAGCAGAAGUGAAGCCAUUGAAACCCAAAGAGCAUGAAAUGGGCACAGCACGAUAUAGUGGACGAUCACUAGCGGAAUGGGCCCAGGUGUUGAAUGAAUGUCGCAGCUUCUACAGCAGACGGAAGCAGGAGGGGGUCCCGCGAGACAGCCUCGUCGAGACGCCGACCAUGGGUGUGGAGAAUUUCCGCUUGAUGGGUGGUUGA